CAGGGACUUUUUUUUUGUCGCCCAUCCAAAAACACUCAUGGAAGAUCUACCGCGUAAGGUAGAGCUCAAAUCUUCAUCUCUCCCUCGCCUGCUCGUCCCACAUAUUGCUCUUGAUCUCUCUUCUGCCUUUCCUUGCGCCACAGUCUGGACCGUUGAUCAGUCACGAAACCCCCGUGCUUGGACUAGACACUCGCGACCUGGAGUCCGGGGAGCGGGCUUGGGUGAAGCUCCCGUGCUUGACAUCUUAGCGUUGCGCCAAACGUCGCGGCUAAUGGAAAAAGAACAACUUGCUGCCUUCAUCCGCCACAUCCGUCGAUAAAACUACUCCUUGCCUGCUUUCUGACCGACUUUUGCUUCAAUCCUGUGUCUCGGUCUUCUCACUGCACCGUCACUCACUGCACUCGCUUUGCCAGGUGGUGAUACACCCCAAACGCCGAGUUAGACCAUCAAACGCGUCGCGGAGCUCGUCUACCCAGCAGGAUUCUCAACUAUUGAAACGACAGCCACGAUACAUAUGACCCGAAUGAUUGUCCUGGCGGGUGCACCGGAGCCUAACAAGCUCGAUUGGAACGAAAAGCUUCCACUACCGAAUUCUACGCACAUCGAAACCGCCACCGCGAAUCCGAGCUGCUCGCCACUCUCUCCGACCUCGAAAGCAUUUGGUGCGCAAUGGAGGCAGAUGACUACUCAGAGGCUUCAAAUGCGCCCAAUCCUUCCGAAACUCAACAUUGACGCGAGGCCACCGCCCGAGAGUUUUGAUCCGAGCGGCGCCGACUUCUUCAGCGCAGAUGAACAUGCCGGGUCUCAGACGCCAGGUAGCGACGUGAGUUGCAACGAGUCCCAGCCAUCAGGGAAUUCCAGCGAGACCACUUCCGAAGCGCUAUCGGAGUACUAUGAGCAUUCGUUUGCGAUUCACGAAGCCGUUCCUUCAUCGCAAAUCUCGGCAUUUUCAAGCUACACGCCGGGCACGCCGACGUACGAAAGCAGCGAGGAGAUGUUUCCUCAGACCCCGGGGGGAGGUAUCAUCCGAACGCCGUCACAAAGACGACUAAGCCAGGCCCCACGGCCAAAGCACUUGAGCGAUCUGGACGACAUUCCCAAUGCAAGAUAUCUGACAUCUAUCGAGCCGCAAACUAUGACGGUGAACCUGAUUGUGGGCAUACUGUCAAUAUCGCCAGCUCGGACCGUCAUCACUGGGACAAGGUACGGCAGACCUCGCGAGACAGAGUUAGUGGAAAUGGUUGUGGGGGAUGAGACCAAAACCGGCUUCAGCAUCAGCAUGUGGUUACCGCGAGAAAUGCACGUUAACUGGAAAGACGGCGCCAAGGCCACCCCCGAAGGAUCGCGGAGUGUGCUGCGAAGGUCCCUGCGAUUCAUGAGACCGCGCGAUGUGGUCUUGUUGCAGAACGUCGCGCUGAGUUCGUUUCGUGGGAAAGUGCAUGGGCAGAGUCUCAAAGGCGAUGUGACGAAAAUCGAUCUAUUGUUCCGUAAGAAGGUCGACGACGAUGACAUUAGCGGAAUCUACACCAUGUCGAACCUACGCAUGGCAAAAGACCCGCAAGUGCUAAAGGUCAAGCGGGUCAAAGAUUGGAUGAUGGACUUUGUGGGGGAUCGAGACGACCGGGCUCGUGCUGCGAAGGGCCGGCAGCGAGGGAGGACCGAUUACGGCUUUCUCCCUGACGAUACCCCAUGAUGAGUUUUUGAUGCGACCAUUCCUGUUUGCCUUUUGGACAAACACUACGAACUCAGGUAGAAGGAAGAAUUUCAGGAUACCCGUCAUGACCUCUUUGGACACCAGGGCCAAGAACAUCCCAAGAGAACGGGAGGUAAGAUUGUACUCGUAUCACCCAUGGGCAGAGCGAGAAGCGAGCGAAUUCCGAAGAGAGCAAGGGAUGCUAAAGCCUUGUUUUGUUUCUGUUUAUUUCUUAUUUGUACGAGUAUUCUAGCAUCGAUUGACGAGAUACGACAGCGUUGAAUGGCCAGUACUUAUUUCUGACAACUUGCCACCGAGCUUCUGUACAAGUACAUGGUAUAAUAUAUAGUAUAUGCUAGUUAAAUUUUAGGGUACCAAAUCACUUGGUGAGACACACCAGUCCA